CAUGCCUGGGAUAAUUAUAAGCGUUACGCAUGGGGAUUAAAUGAACUGAAACCCAUAUCUAAGCAAGGACAUUCGAGCAAUUUAUUUGGUAACAUUCAAGGAGCAACAAUAGUGGAUGCCCUUGAUACACUAUACAUCAUGGAAAUGAAAGAGGAAUUCAAGGAAGCCAAGGAGUGGGUUGAAAAAAACUUAGAUUUCAAUGUGAAUGCUGAAAUUUCGGUAUUUGAAGUGAACAUCCGUUUUGUCGGUGGAUUACUUUCAGCUUACUAUCUUUCAGGAGAAGAGGUUUUCCGAAAAAAGGCAGUGGAGCUUGGAGAGAAAUUGCUGCCUGCUUUCAACACUCCCACUGGGAUACCUUGGGCAUUGCUUAAUAUUAAGAGUGGAAUCGGUCGAAAUUGGCCAUGGGCCUCUGGCGGCAGCAGCAUUUUGGCAGAAUUUGGGACUUUGCAUCUGGAGUUCGUACACUUGAGCCACCUGUCUGGAAACCCUGUCUUUGCUGAAAAGGUAAUGAAUAUUCGAAAAGUUCUAAAUCGACUGGAUAAACCAGAGGGCCUUUACCCCAACUAUCUGAAUCCCAGCAGUGGCCAAUGGGGCCAGCAUCAUGUCUCCAUUGGAGGGCUUGGGGAUAGCUUUUAUGAAUAUUUGCUCAAGGCAUGGCUGAUGUCGGACAAGACAGAUGAAGAAGGCAAGAAAAUGUAUUAUGAUGCUGUUCAGGCCAUACAGACCCACCUCAUUCGCAAAUCAAGCGGGGGGCUGACAUACAUCGCUGAGUGGAAGGGUGGACUGCUUGAACACAAGAUGGGACAUCUCACUUGUUUUGCUGGAGGCAUGUUUGCUCUUGGAGCAGACGGAGCACCUAAUGACAAGACGGGCCAUCACAUUGAGCUUGGUGCUGAAAUUGCUAGGACUUGCCAUGAAUCCUACGAUCGUACAAGCAUGAAACUGGGACCAGAAGCCUUCAGAUUUGAUGGUGGUGUUGAGGCCAUUGCUACAAGACAAAAUGAAAAAUACUACAUCCUACGACCAGAAGUCAUAGAGACCUACAUGUACAUGUGGCGGCUCACUCAUGACCCAAAGUACAGGCAGUGGGGAUGGGAAGCUGUAGAGGCACUGGAAAAACAUUGCAGAGUAGAUGGUGGCUAUUCUGGCAUUAGAGACGUUUAUAACAAUCACGAAAGCCAUGAUGAUGUGCAGCAAAGUUUCUUCCUUUCAGAGACACUCAAGUACUUGUAUUUGCUGUUUUCUGAAGAUGAUCUUCUUCCAUUCGAACACUGGGUCUUCAACACAGAGGCUCAUCCUCUCCCUGUUCUUCACAAAGACGAUGGGAAUAAAGAAGAAAACCAGACAUAGAUGAAGAUUAAGUUAUACUUUGUUUCAUUCCUUAUGUUUCUUUCCAGGACUUGGGCACAUGAUUUGGUUUUAAAUUCCUCAGUUAAAUUUUUAAAUCAAGUGUUUUGCAGUCUGUUUUCUUUAACAGUAAAUAUUUACGAAUGGACCGCAACUGAUUAUGAUAAAACUUCAUUCCUCUUAUCCAGGUGAACCACUUUUUAGAAGAGAAAUAGGACAUCUCUCCAGAUUUUGUUAAGCUGCAGUGUCAUCUUGGCCCAAAAGAGCAGAGGGUCUGCAUGUUACUUGUUUCCUGUUAUGCUUUUAAUUUGACUGCAAAAUUCUUUUCUCCUCUGUGAGGAGAUGUCUGCUUUAAGCUGUAAUAUUUUGCCAUGUUGCAAAAAGCCAUAUUGAAUUAAGUAUAAAGAGCUUUCUUCUUUUUUUGUUCUAUGUUAAUUUGUUUUGUGUCUCAUCCAAGACAAAUCUUGUGACUGUGACAGCCUCUUCUUAUGCGGGUCUAUCAUUACUUGGUAAAGUAUCUGAUGUAUUUCAUUGUCAAUUAAAUCUACAUAAGAAUAUUUUCAUCUCAUGCAGACACGACUCUGAAACUGCAGUAUACGUUGAAGUUAGACUAGUUUCAUAGUUUCUAUGAAUUUAGCACAUUAGUUAGCAGACCUUAGUUUUUCAGGUUUUGAUUAGAAUAUUGUAAUAGAAUAAAUUGUUUCCUCCCUUUUCUAAGUGGUGUUAUUCUCAUGUCUUUAGUCAGGCUACUAUGGAGUAAAAUAAAACAGUAAUUUCUUAUUAAGAAAGGGAGUCUUACCUUCUUUAUAUAUUUAGUCCAGAAGGUUUCAUUUGGUUGGAUGGUAAAAAGAUGAAAAAAUACUCAAUGACAUUUUCCUGGAAGCUGAGAAUUAUACCAGAGGCCAUUUGUUUGGUUUUCUGGGACUUCGUCAAACACUCUGGCAGGUUCAGACUUGACACCAGACUUUGAGAGUUUAUUGUCACAAAGCAAUGUAUCAUCUACGUGAAUAAAACUAGAUGUUCACAUGCCUUGAAGAAAACUUGUCUCCUUAAAAGAAGAUAAUCAUUCAGAGAGGAAAUUACCCAGCAUAGAGCUAACAUUUCUGAAAGCACCGAGUCUGUCUUCUCCAAGUGACAGAAAUGCCGUGUGCUUAAAAAUAUGCCCUAGAUUAGAGGCCUGGCUUACUAAGAAGGAUAACAGCUUUUCUGGCAAAAAUGUUUUACUUGGUGGCAUCACCAAAGGGGAAAAAAAAAAAAAAAUUAAGCACGAUUAAGUCCGGUUUCUACUUAAGUGUAG